AUGCAGCUCGUCCUCAGUGCUGCAGUUUGUCUUGCUGUAGCGGGUGUAAUUUUUUGGGCUUCCCGUCCUAAAUCAAAAAGUGGCCUUCCUCUUCCACCUUCCCCUCCCACUUGGAAACUUGGAGGGCACGUCCUGCCACCUCGCAGACCAUUCCUCACCAUAGCGGGAUGGAUUGACGAGUACGGUCCUUUGAUUACUAUUCGAUUAAAAUUCGAGCGAAUUGUUAUAUCGGCCGUUACAAAGUCAGUCCUUACACGCUGCGAUAUCAUAUCCUGGCUCAAAGACGUUCCGUUGCAGGCCGCCGUAGAAAUUAUGGAGAAUCAGGGAAAAUUUCUAGCUGAUCGUCCUCCCAUGAUUGCUGCUGGAGAGUUAUUUAGCGGCGGAAUGAGCAUUGCCUUUAUGCCUUUCGUGGACCGGUUCCGUCGCAUGCGUAGAGCACUUCAUUCUCAUCUCCAACCUAAAGCAGCUGAGGCGUAUCAGCCACUGCAAAUGUCACACGCGAAGGACAUAGUUCUUGGCGUUCUUGAUAAUCCACACAACCUCCGGCACCAUGUGAUAACUUUUGCUGCGGCGACAAUUAUGAAAAUUGCAUAUGGGAAGAAUACGCUCACGUCUGCGACUGAUCCCGAAGUCAUUGAGAUGCAACAAAUUGUCAGGGUGACUACUGAAAUCAUGCGUCCUGCUGGGGUUGAGAGGAGUAAGAAAUUCUACCUUGAUCAGCUAAACCGCGUGAAGGAGCAAAUGCAGAGCGACGUGGACAUCGGCCCCUCGUUCACGAAAAAUAUGCUGGAAGAUAGCCAAUCCUAUGGUUUAACAGAAACCGAGAUGGCCUUUCUUGGUGGUGCCUUUUUUGGAGCUGGAUCAGAUACGACUUCUAGGUCGAUAUGCACGGUGCUCAUGGCAGCCGCUUGUUUCCCCGAGGAGCAAGCUAAAGUUCAGGCCGAGCUCGACGCGGUCAUCGGAAGGCACCGAGCGCCGACCUUUGCUGACAAAGGGUCCCUUCCUCGCCUGCAAGCAUUCAUCUCUGAGGCUUUGAGAUGGCGACCUGUAGCUUCUGGCGGUGUCACAAUAUUCACGCUGCAGGACUGGCUCACUGCACAGCCAAAGACGUGGUUUGGGCAAGCGAUCUUUGAACAAGCAAUUGCACAAAUGAUGAUUUGGCCCAUCAGGAAAAUUACUGUAUUCCAGCUGGGACUACGGUGUUCGGCAACCAUUGAUGUCUACCCGGAGCCUUAUGCGUUCAAGCCUCAACGCUGGAUUGACGACGAAGGUGGCCUGAGAGACGAUUUAAAAUUCUUUGUUUACGGCUUUGGCCGGCGUGUAUGCCCUGGUCAACAUGUCGUGGACAGAUCAGUGUUCAUAAUUACCCUCCUUAUUCUUUGGGCCUACAAACUCACUCUGGAUCCUACGAAGCCAUUAGAGGACAUGGAGUUCAUGGACGGCUUGAUGCCCGACGUCCUGUCAUGCACAUUUGAAUUUGAGAAGAGGAUUCCGGAAACGGAGCUCAGGAGCAUGAUGCAGUAUUAUCCUGAGGUCGCAUGA